UUGAGGAGAGUUCAAAUCCUGUUCUACCCUCUUCGUUGCCAUCGCCAGCCCUAACCGCUAUUCCUUCUUUAGACUUAUGCUGUGCAUGAAAAGGUUUUCAAUCCCAAACAAAUCCAGCUCAAUCGGUUCAUUCAUUCCUUCAUUUACAUUUUCAGUAGUGUCGUCAAAAUUGACAAUGCCGAAAGGGAAGCAAAGAAAAGUAGAAGAGGAGGAAUCAACAAGAACAGGAACCCCCAAAAUAGACCUAAUCAGUAGCUUACCCGAUUCCCUGCUUUGCCACAUUCUCUCGUUCCUCCCAACAAGAUGUGCCAUGGCCACCAGCGUCCUCGCUCGCCGGUGGCGCCACCUCUGGAAGGAUCUUCUAGCGUUGGACUUAGACAAUAGUAAACAUAGUCCUUAUUAUCUACCUGGAGGGACACACCGUUUCAUUGCUUUCGUCAAUGCAGUUUUCGCUCAACGCAAGGCUCUCCGUGUCGAGAAGCUUCGCCUCGCUUGUGAUAUACCUAGAGGUGAAAAGAAAACCAUCAAAACAUGGAUUCGUACUGUUGUUGGACCCCACCUCCAAGAGAUGUAUCUCGAUUUAUCGUUUGCUUGCAAUGAGUUUGGAGAUCGACAUAUCAAAUUGCCUGAAGAGGUAUUAACCAGUGCAUCACUCGAGUCUCUUGUUUUGAAAGGCCAUGUGUUUUUGACUGUUUAUGAUGGAUUUGUUGAUUUGCCAUCCCUCAAGAACCUAGAGUUGGAUCUCAACUAUGUGGACCCAGACUUUGUUUUACUUGGUUGCCCGGUUCUUGAAAAUCUCAAGCUCACUUUACACGAAUCGUUCCCACUUAAUGCGAGCCAACCUCCUGAAAUCUACAUGCCUGAUUCCUUGAAGCGUUUAACCUUAAUACAGGAUGAUGACAUUGAAGAAGAUAUUAAUGAUAUUGAGGAUCUUGUGAUAGACACCCCGUUACUCGAAUACCUAAGUAUCACAUUAUGGGCAAGAUGCCUGCAGGUUUCAAUUAGCGAUUAUCCCAACAUGGUGGAAGCUCAUCUUGAUAUUGAUCAAGACCAAGAGCUGGUUGGUUGGGUGCUUGAGCUUCUCAAGGCACUCCGCCAAACAAAACUGUUGGACUUGAAACUUUCCACUAUGGAGUGCUUGCUUGGUGCUCCUGCUUUUGAGUUGCCAGAAUUUCCCCGUUUACUUAAUCUAGAGCUUCAAAUUCCUUAUUUCGACUCGGGAUUUCUGAUGAAAUUGCUUCAUAACUGCCAUAUGCUUCAAGUUCUAACUCUUCAUAAUCAGGAGAAUGUUUCCACAGUGGAACCUGAGGAACCUAGUUGUUGGACACUGCCAAUGUAGGAUCCUGAUUGUGUUAUAUCACAUCUCAAGAUUUUUGAAUUUAAAGGAUAUCAAGACUCUGCAGAUGAACAUGCAUUUGUUGCAUAUCUUUUAGAGAGAGGACCUAUUUUGAAGACAAUGAAAAUCCAUGCUGAUCCUAGUCUUGGCCUAACGUAUAAACAGCGCAUCCACCAGGAAUUAUCUAUGGUACCAAUGAGCUCCAAAACAUGCCAAUUAAUAGUUACCUGAGUAGCCAACAGUUACAUAUGGUACAAUCUCUCACCGUCUCUGUUCUCUCUUCUUGAUUUGGCUUACAAUUUGUAUUAAAUGAAAGACUGCAUCUUUGGUCCAAUUCAUGCGUCAAUGUCACUUGUUUUCUUCAAAUAUUUGUUGAAGCUUUUGAUUACUUUUUACAUGGAUUAAUUUGUCUGAUCGGAUUAUUUGAAUGACUCUUCAAAUCAUUGCUGGGGUUUGGUUUGGUAGUUCUGGAAUUUGCUUGUACCUUCUCCCUUAAUGUCAAUAGAACAUCUUUGACUUCUUUGAUGUUUGUUUUGCAAAACAUACAGAAGUUUUGCCCUUUAGAAUAUGCAUAAUUUUCACAAUACAAUGUUUUCUACUCUUUUGGUGGUUGUUUCACAAGACAAACAGGCCGUUUUUUACGAAUAUAUUAGCAAUGCAGUAAAAUGGUUUAUUGUUUAUUAAUUGUGAGUAUUUUAGCUCCUAAGUUAUGUUCCAAUGCAUAAUAUUUUUGCCCUUUGAUAGAUACUCUGCUGUUUAUUUAUUUUCUUUACUUUUAGCAUGUAGAGCUUCAUAUAUUGUUUGGAUGUAAAUAGUUAUUCAAACUCUAAAUGUCAUGGUUUGUAAUAAAUGGUUUCUCUAAUUGUGAAUUGAAUUUAGGUAAUUUUUUACGGAAGUAUUUUAUAGCACAAUAUUGCAGCCUAUAUUAUUAUGCAUUUGCCCGUUUUCUUUUUAGUCUUCCCUAAUUGUUAUAUAUAUAUAUAGCCCGUGUUGCAGUCCUUUUAGCUUUAAUAGAAAUUUAUCUCGGUGCCUGGUUUGCUAUGCAACAAUUCUAUGGUCAAAAGAUUGUUGUUUAAUGUUUAGUUAAUCAUAUGCUUUUAAUCUCAAUUGAAAUGACAUUCAAGAGGCAUGAAUGAUUGUUUAAUCUAAUUAUUUCGUGCUGAGAAUAUUGAAGAUCGGGUACACAAGCUUCCUUCCUCUUGUGGUUCGGGAAGGGUAAAUGCAACAACCUUGCCACUGCAAUCCUCAAAUCACUUUAUGUAUUUAACACUUUUGAGUAGAUGACAGCUUCCUUGCCUUGUAGUAAUGUAUAACUAACUCUUGCUAUGACGGACAAUUUGAAAUAGAUGUAAUGGGAUUAGAGGAAUUCCACCAUAUAUUU